GCCAAGCGCUCACUUGAUGUCACCAGCAGCGCCAGGGCGAUAUUGCUGGUCACCCAAAUGUUGAUCCAGACGCGCAACCCCAGGCCCUCAAAUACCUCUAGCCCCCGCAGCCAAUCUGCUUGUCCCUUCUCUCAUCCCAAUCCACCGUCCAUCCGUACAGCUACCGUAAACAGGUCUCAGGUAGACUUAUCUUCACCCAUCACAUUCUAAAUUUCUUACAUAUUCGAUCAACAUGUCUGGACGCGGUAAAGGUGGCAAGGGCCUCGGCAAGGGUGGUGCCAAGCGUCACCGAAAGAUUCUUCGCGACAACAUUCAAGGUAUCACCAAGCCCGCUAUUCGUCGUCUUGCUCGUCGUGGCGGUGUCAAGCGUAUUUCAGCCAUGAUUUAUGAGGAGACUCGUGGCGUGUUGAAGUCGUUUUUGGAAAGCGUUAUUCGUGACGCUGUAACCUACACCGAGCAUGCCAAGAGGAAGACUGUUACCUCGCUUGAUGUUGUCUAUGCUCUCAAGCGACAAGGCCGCACUCUGUAUGGUUUUGGUGGUUAAGCUUUCUGUCUUUAUGUAUGGGUUAUGACAUCUCCGGUCGCCUCUACUGGGCCUCAUUAUUGCAUGACCGGAAGGCUACGGCUUGGGUUGGGGUUACGGGAUUGUGGUGUAUCAUAACACGAGGAGUCUUCGGUUUACAUCAAUGGGCAAAUGAUACCAGUAUAAUCCACAUUCGUGUCAAUGAUUGGUCAAUUGGUAUUUCUAGAAUUUGACUGUUUGCCUAUGUUGCCACUCAUGCAUUCGGUGUCCCUGAAUCAUUUGACACAUGGAUUGCCCACUUCUAACCUGUGUGUACCAGAACUCGUCUUCAUGAGAAUUAAGACAAGGCUGCGUGGCAUUUCGAAGUUGAAUCCGGUCCUGCUUCGUUGCCUGCUCCUUUAAUUUCCUUCAAAUAAUACCAUAUUGAUCCAGAUAUAGACCCAA